AAAAAUUAUCCCUUCUCACUUUCUUCCCAAUCACACACAAGUUUCUUCCCGUUUUCCUGUCUCCCUUACCUACAGGUUUUGUCUCUGAAACAAUUAACAAAUUGUGAGUUUGAUCGUGUGUAAUCUUUCUUAAAAAUUACUGCAUUUCAUCAAGGUUUCUGUGCCUUGAGAAUUGAAUAAUGUCGUGCUGUGGAGGCGGAGAAGAGGAAGUCAACAGUGGUCCGCCGGCAAGCCAAUACACCGCCCCGCCCAAAGCAGGCGGUAGUUUCCACGGUGGAGGCGGUGAAAGAGGAGAGCCAAGGACUUCUGGUGCAAGAGGUGGAGCUCCUCAGAAAGUUUUGCCUAUUGAGAUACCAGCACUGUCGUUGGACGAGCUAAAUAAAUUGACAGGUAAUUUUGGAACUAAUGCUUUGAUUGGAGAGGGCUCUUACGGGCGUGUUUACCAUGCUACAUUGAGCGAUGGCCGGCCAGUGGCACUCAAGAAGCUAGAUACAAAUUCAACACCUGAGACAGACAGUAGCGAGUUUGCAGCCCAGUUAUCCAUGGUUUCGAGGCUUAAAAAUGACCAUUUUGUGGAGUUACUUGGGUACUGUUUGGAACCAAAUAACAGAAUCUUGGCAUACGAGUACGCCAUGAUGGGGUCUUUGCAUGAUGUCUUACACGGUAGGAAAGGGGUUCAAGGGGCAGAACCUGGUCCGGUUCUGACAUGGAGUCAAAGAGUGAAGAUUGCACAUGGUGCAGCAAGGGGCCUUGAGUUUCUGCACGAAAAAUGUCAGCCUUCGAUUGUCCACCGUGAUAUCAGGUCCAGCAAUGUUCUGCUUUUUGAUGAUUUUGUAGCCAAGAUUGCUGAUUUCAGCUUGACGAACCAGUCUUCGGACACAGCAGCUCGACUGCACUCGACCAGAGUCCUUGGAACAUUUGGCUACCAUGCUCCAGAGUAUGCCAUGACGGGGCAGAUAACACAGAAGAGCGAUGUUUACAGCUUUGGUGUUGUUCUUUUAGAACUUCUGACAGGGAGAAAGCCAGUAGAUCACACCAUGCCUAAAGGACAACAGAGUCUUGUCACCUGGGCAACUCCAAGGUUGAGUGAAGAUAAAGUGAAGCAAUGUGUGGAUCCAAAGCUAAACAAUGAUUAUCCACCAAAGGCCAUUGCCAAGAUGGCUGCCGUAGCAGCAUUGUGUGUGCAGUACGAAGCAGAUUUCCGGCCAAACAUGACGAUCGUGGUUAAGGCAUUGCAGCCACUUCUCAACGCAAAGCCGGCGGGGGCUGAGACUAAUGCAUGAAGAUGGAAGAGAAGCAGAGCAGGGCAGAAGCAAAAGUUGUUUGUUUUUGUAAAACUAAGACAUGAUGAUGUUGUUAGAAAAUGAGAAGAUUGGCAAUUUUGAUUCUGCAGUUUUUGUGUUAAGCAUUUAGUGUUUGUUGUAUUGUUACUGGAAUCAUACCAUAGAUGAUGUUGGAUUGAAAUUCAGAGAGA